AUGGGAAAACAUGUAUGGUUGAUUACCAAAAAAAAGGAGAAUAUCUGGGUUCAGUGGAUCCACUCAGUUUACUUGAAAGGCAAACCUUGGUGGGAUUAUUCCCCUAAGAAUGAUGAUAGCUGGUAUUGGAGGGACAUUUGCCAAAUCAAAGAGAUGAUGAAACAGCACAUUACUGAGAACCAGUUGAUGGCUAUCAGUAAGUACUCUAUUAAGAAAGUUUAUUUGAAACUGAUGGGUUCUGCUCCAGUCCAAUACUGGACUAAUGCUGUAUGGGGGAGACUAGGUCAUCCAAAACAUAGAUUUAUCAUAUGGCUUGCUUUGCUUGGUAGGCUGAACACCAAAGAUAGGCUACUGAAGAUUGGUGUUACAACUGACAACACAUGUUUGUUGUGUGGCAUUGCAGUGGAGGAUCAUAGGCACCUUUUCAGUGGUUGCCCCUUCAGUGUGAGAUGUUGGCAGCAGAUUGGCUCUUAG